AUGGGCGGUUCAGAUCUCUCAGGACAAAUUCCUGAGCGAUGUGAUCCAGAUUGGGUCCCAGGACCAGAGACUAUUACGAGCCUGGAAUCGUCAAAAAUUUUACGUUUGUUAACCCCUUUAAGAGGUGCUGGGGGGCUUGGGUGUGAAAUAUUGAAAAAUCUUGCACUAUCUGGCUUUAAAGAUAUCCACGUGAUAGAUAUGGAUACCAUUGAUAUCUCGAACCUUAACCGUCAAUUCUUGUUUCGCCAGGCUGAUGUCGGUAAACCCAAAGCCGAGGUCGCUGCAGCAUUUGUUGAGAAGCGUGUGAAGGGUGUUAAAAUUACACCCUUUGUAGGGAAGAUUCAGGAUAAAGAUGAGGAAUUCUACAUGCAGUUCAAAAUCAUUGUUUGCGGUUUGGACAGCAUUGAAGCUCGUCGGUGGAUUAAUUCUCUGGUUGUGGGGAUGGUUGAUCUAGAAAACCUGGAGAGUCUGAAACCGCUUAUAGAUGGUGGUACUGAGGGGUUUAAGGGGCAAGCUAGGGUCAUUUUGCCGACAUUAAGUUCCUGCAUUGAGUGUCAACUUGAUAUGCAUGCUCCUCGUGCUGCUGUUCCAUUAUGUACAAUUGCAACUAUUCCGCGACAACCCCAACAUUGCAUAGAGUGGGCGCAUCAGAUUGCAUGGGGUGAGCGGAGGAAAAGUGAAGAGUUUGAUGGUGACAAUAUGGAACAUGUUACAUGGAUCUAUCAGACGGCACUCGAGCGAGCAAAACAAUUCUCAAUCCCCGGAGUUACCUUUUCAAUGUCUCAAGGAGUGGUAAAAAACAUCAUUCCUGCGAUAGCUUCCACAAAUGCUGUUAUUUCUGCAGCCUGCACUUCUGAGGCACUCAAGAUAGCGACGUCUUGCAAUCCCUACCUCGAAAACUAUAUGAUGUAUGCUGGAGAGGAAGGUGUUUAUACAUACACCUUCGCGGUGGAGCAAAAAGAGGACUGCCCCGUUUGCGGAAAUCUCGCCAAAACCAUAGAAGUGAAUCCAGAAUCGACAUUGGAGCAGUUCAUUGAGUCUCUUGGAGAAAGGGCCGAAGCACAACUGAAAAACCCAAGCCUGAGGACAAAACAAACGACUCUAUAUCAACGAUUCCCACCACAACUAGAAGAACAAACCAGGCAUAACCUCGAGAGAAAACUUAAGGAUCUACUUGAAAGUGGUGAGGAGGUUGCAGUGAGCGAUCCAGCUUUCACUAUCGACUUCCGAUUUAAAUUAGUUUUUCGAUAA